GGUUCGGAGCCCCCUCUCGGCAGUGAGGUCCUCGUGUUAGUGCACAGUCUGUGUGUGGUACAGCGCGCGGCGGAGGAACCGAGUACCCAACGAAAGGCUGGCGGUGCAUUUCACAACGGUCGACAUUUUUUUUUUUGACAAAAACAACUGAUUUACUCGCUAAUUUUUUUUUAAUACCGGGACUUUCCGGCAGGUUCGCGUACCGCUAACUGGAUCUAACACACGCUUUUGUUUUUCCAACUUGUUUGUGGUUAACAACUCGUCCUGGUCCGAGGGGUUUCCAGCGUCCGACAGAGAGGACCGGAGCGACGCUCUCCUCCUCGGAAUCUCCGGGCUUUAAGGACUCUCAGGGGCCCCAAAAAGAAGACGUCGUGUAAAGGGAAAAAGAAAACCCUCAAACGACGACAGACAUUUUCUCACCCGUGUCAUAUAUAUUUAAGCGUUGUGGAUUUAUUUAUUACCUGCGCCGAGGAGGGGAGGAAUCUGUCGAGACAAAGGUAAAAGGAGAGACUGAAUACCUGGUACUACUUCCAGUGGCCGGGGUUCGAGAGAGCGCUUAACCCGAAAAAAGGGCUUUGUUUGUCCGCCGCCAUCCUGCACGUACUGGGGAGGGGGUGGCGGCGAUUUACCGCACCUUCUCUGGGAUUACCGUAAAGAGAGCGCGGAGGAAAAUAACAACACAUUGAUUCCCUUGUGUAAAGAACUCAUCAUGUAUCCACAAGGCCGGCAUCCGGCACCUCACCAGCCAGGCCAGCCUGGCUUCAAGUUCACAGUGGCAGAGUCCUGCGAUCGGAUCAAAGACGAGUUUCAGUUCCUGCAGGCCCAGUACCACAGUCUCAAAGUGGAGUACGAUAAACUGGCCAACGAAAAGACAGAAAUGCAGCGUCACUAUGUCAUGUACUAUGAGAUGUCCUAUGGGCUCAACAUUGAGAUGCACAAACAGACUGAAAUCGCCAAACGUCUCAAUGCAAUUCUGGCUCAGAUCAUGCCGUUCUUGUCACAAGAGCAUCAACAGCAGGUGGCUCAGGCUGUUGAACGAGCUAAGCAGGUGACAAUGACUGAGCUGAAUGCUAUCAUCGGGGUACGUGGACUUCCCAAUCUGCCUCUGACUCAGCAGCAGCUUCAGGCACAGCACCUCUCUCACGCUGCCCACGGCCCCCCGGUCCAGCUACCUCCUCACCCUUCAGGCCUGCAGCCGCCUGGCAUCCCCCCUGUGACAGGUGCUGGCUCCGGUUUGCUGGCUCUGGGUGCUCUUGGGAGCCAGGCCCACCUGCCUGUAAAGGAUGAGAAGAACCACCAUGACUUGGAGCAUCGAGGCCCCUCAUCUUUUCACUCACCUCUGGCUAUUCCUWUGAAAGAGCGAGAGUCCAGCACGAAUAACUCGGUGUCGCCAUCAGACAGCCUGCGAGUAGCGAGCGAGAAGCACCGCAGUUCUUCAGAUUACGGCCUUGACUCCAAGAAACGCAAAGUGGACGACAAAGACAGCAACAGAGGAUAUGACAGUGAUGGAGAAAAAAGCGAUGACUUAGUGGUGGAUGUUUCCAAUGAGGAUCCGGCCACCCCUCGAGUCAGCCCUGCUCACUCUCCUCCAGAAAACGGCCUGGAUAAGUCACGAGUGCUGAAGAAGGACGCUGCCCCCAACAGCCCUGCUUCCGUCGCCUCUUCAGGCAGCACACCGUCCUCCAAGGCAAAGGACCACGCCCAUAAUGACAAGUCAUCAACACCGAGUCUCAAGUCCAACACACCUACUCCAAGAAAUGAAGCGCCAACACCAGGAACCAGUACUACUCCAGGACUCCGCCCUUUACCUAUGGGCAAACCACCUGGGAUGGAGGCAUUAGCUGCUCCAGCCCUGCGGACACCUCUGUCCAUCGCUAGCUCUUAUGCCACCCCAUUUGCCAUGAUGGGUCAUCAUGAAAUAAACGGGUCCCUGACCAGUCCUGGCAUGUACCCAGGACUCAUUUCACCACAGAUGAGUGCUGCCGCUGCUGCUGCCUAUGGACGCUCACCAAUUGCAGGGUUCGACCCUCACCCUCACAUGAGAGCGCCAGGCCUUCCAGCAAGUCUCACUUCCAUUUCAGGAGGAAAACCUGCUUAUUCUUUUCACGUAAGUGCAGAUGGUCAGAUGCAGCCCGUGCCCUUCCCUCCAGAUGCACUGAUAGGCCCGGGCAUCCCACGUCACGCUCGCCAGAUCAACACACUGAGCCACGGGGAGGUGGUGUGUGCAGUCACAAUCAGCAACCCCACACGUCACGUUUACACCGGUGGCAAAGGUUGUGUCAAGAUCUGGGACAUCAGCCAACCAGGCAGCAAGAGCCCAGUCUCCCAACUUGACUGCUUGAACAGAGACAACUACAUCCGCUCCUGCAAGCUGCUGCCUGAUGGCCGCACCCUAAUAGUGGGCGGUGAAGCCAGCACGUUGACCAUCUGGGACCUGGCCUCGCAGACGCCCCGCAUAAAGGCCGAGCUCACUUCCUCUGCUCCAGCCUGUUACGCACUGGCCAUUAGCCCCGAUGCCAAGGUCUGUUUCUCCUGCUGCUCUGAUGGAAACAUUGCUGUGUGGGACCUCCAUAACCAGACCCUUGUCAGGCAGUUUCAGGGUCACACAGAUGGCGCCAGCUGCAUCGAUAUCUCCCAUGAUGGGACCAAACUGUGGACAGGGGGGCUUGACAACACUGUCCGUUCCUGGGAUUUGAGGGAAGGCCGACAGCUCCAGCAACACGAUUUUACCUCACAGAUCUUCUCAUUGGGUUACUGUCCCACUGGAGAAUGGCUUGCUGUUGGGAUGGAGAGCAGCAACGUGGAGGUGCUCCAUCACACCAAGCCUGACAAAUACCAGCUGCAUCUUCACGAAAGCUGUGUCCUCUCACUUAAAUUUGCCUAUUGUGGGAAAUGGUUUGUGAGCACAGGGAAGGAUAACCUGCUGAACGCAUGGAGGACUCCCUACGGUGCCAGCAUAUUCCAGUCAAAGGAGUCGUCGUCCGUCCUGAGCUGCGACAUCUCAGCAGAUGACAAAUACAUCGUGACGGGUUCUGGUGACAAGAAGGCCACCGUCUACGAGGUCAUCUACUGAACAGAGGAGGCUUCAGCACUUCCACUGAGAUGUUUUUUUUUUUAUUUUUCUCGCUGACCAAACAAACUACAAUGGAUUAAAACAAACUACGUGUCUCAAACUUCAGCCUGCAGAUGUUUGUAUUGGACGGAGGUUCACCUUUUUUUGACCAUUUGUUUUACGGAUGCACAUUUUGAGAUCUGUGAUCCCCCUUCUUCUUUUUGGAUGUAACCAGUGAAGCGGAGCUUCAUUUCUGAGGAACGUAUGCCUCAAACAUCUUGUGCAAAGUGUACAUAUUGGAUUAAAUAAGACAUUUUAUAUAUAUUAUAAAAAUAUAUAUUUUCAUGUCCUGGGUGUAUUUGUGAUUACCAUGUUUUUGCUCCCUUGCUGUUACAUUUGAGCAAGAGACCCGAACUUUGUGACUAUUUUACGCUGAUUUUUUUAGCACAUUCUGCAGGCUGAGCUUUCCAGAAAUCGAGCAGAAGAGCAUUUCAUGGAAAUUUUAAAAAUGGCCUUUUGCCAUAGUGCUCUUAGAGGACAGUAAAACUGUGGUCGGUUCUCAGACUCAGGUGGGACUUCAGCGGGAUCAAGUGGGGCAUCGAUUUAGGAAACGGACAUGGAUGUAAAUUUACUUAUCUGUAUAAAAUGAAGUGUCCUGAUCCGUCUGUGCUUUUCUUUCUCCCCGUUUGUUUUGUUCGAUUGUAGGAGACGGGGGAUGUUAAAGCUUAGCAUAACCCUUGGACCUCAGUUGGCAGCAGAAGCAUAAACUGAAUGACUGUGUGCUUCUGCUAGCUUGAUGUAAUGUGGAUGUUGAGUUGCUCCACUGAUUUUUACUCAAACUAAAGUCAAACAGUUCUGUUGGAAUCACUCUGCUCUUUGUAUCAUAUCAGUUUACCCGGAAUCUGUUCRGCUUUGACCGGGAGUCAGACUGCACACACCAGUCUGUCCUUACUGAAACAUUCAGUGCCUGUAAAUGCUUGCGAGGACAGAAGAAAUCACAUUUAGGUAAAAACAGAAAUAGUCCAGUUAACAUGAGGGUAGAUAAUUCUGGUUUGUACACUGUGCUUCUGAUUCUGUCAGCAUUUAUCACAAGAAGGUAAAUGAGGCUAAACGCACCUCUGAAUCACACCAAAGUAUGUAGCAAAUGCUGUCAGCACUGAAAACUAAUGUACAUGUGUUAAUAAAUUAAUAAAACUGUUUUUCUAGAA